UAGGUAAUUAGUUGCUGCAAAACUUUCUUAUAUUAAAAAAAUGAUAAUUCCGUAAAGAUAAUGAAUGCGGUUCUUUUCUGGUAUGAAUUAAAGAGUGACUUCCAUAAUAGCUAAAAGUCAAUGGUCUCCAAUAUUAAAAUGGGUGAUGUAUUAUCUUGGUUGUGGUCCACGCCUUAAUAAAAUGAGGUAAAUAUUUCCUCUCGAAAAUUAGUAGAUUCUUUGCGUGACUCCGACAAACGCUGCUUAAAGUAGCAAAUUUUCACGUAACCAAUUGAUUAAAAAAAACUCGUCCGUGGACUAAAACGUCCUUAUCGCUAGGGAAAUGAAAAUUUAUCGUGCAAAUUUCCAUUUCUUUACAGAUAAAACGAAAAGCUUCUCUCACGUUAAAAAAUAAUUCGUAGUUUCAUCUUCUAUAAUCGGAAUAAAUUAUAAAUAAGUAACCGAAAGAAAAAAAGUAUGGCAACGAACAAACAGGUUCUCUCUAUAUCGCCAUCCCUUAAUCUGUAAUGGGUCCUCCCAGUUUAGUGCCAUCUGGCGAGCAUCUCGGCCGUCAAUUGUUCUCCCUCAUCUUUAGUAGAUCGGUAGAUACUUGAUAAUUUGCUUUUCAUCCAGACAUAGAAAGAUUAUGAUACUUUAAUUAAAGUUUUUUAUGGCCGAAUUAAUUAAGGCCUCCAACCGGACAAACGAUGUAUGAGCAUGCCAAGUGUGACGUCAACCACAACAACAACCACAACAACUUCGCUGGUGACGUCACAAUCACGACUGCUUCGUACGCAUGACAAAAGGUUCCACAGGAGAUUUCCUUCAGUAGAUCGCAACGAACAGAUCCUUAAUUAUUAUUCAUGUGCACUUCUUUCUGAUAUAUUAUUGCAAGGCCAUUUGUACAUCACGGAAAAUUAUUUUGCAUUUCAUUCUAAUAUCUUUGGACACAAAACAAAGCUGCUGAUUCCUAUCAGUGAUGUGGUCAAGGUGACAAAAGAAAGAACGGCUCGCAUAAUUCCUAACGCAGUUGGAGUCUAUACAGGAGAAGGAAAGUAUAUAUUUGGUUCAUUACUUUCUCGAGAUGCAACCUAUCGCCUGAUGCAUCAAAUAUGGAUGAAAACAGCAGAUGCGGGCUUAAGUUUGCCAGACGACACAGAGAGCGAUAAUUCUUCUCCCGCUCUCCAAAACAUUUCUGAAGAUGAAGAUUCUGCGAGUGGAAUAUCACUCCAAGUAUCGUCCGACGAAGUUACACAGAUGAUAACCGUAUCACAGGAACAUCCAUCCACUUAUUUAGGAUCGCAUCGUUCUUCUGUGGUGACAGCUGUGGAUUCAGGAUGCAAAAACGCAGACUUAUCAGAAUUAUCAAGUAAAUGUCAGUGGUCUCCAGCUAGAGGAUAUGCAAGAAAAAUGGAAGAUAUUGUUAAAAAUAUUUCAAGGAUGCCUCGAACAUCCUUAUUGCUUGUAAUGUCAACAAUGUUAUUAUUGAUACUUUUUUUGUCUGCAAGCAUUCUCAUGUACAGAAUUACUUUAGUUCAUCAUCGAAUCACUGCUGCUGAGCAUUAUCAUCCAGAAGCAGAAGAAAGAUUUCAUCAAUAUCUAGAAUUACAAAAGGAGCAUCAAAUAACUCUAACAGAAGAAGUAACUAAACUCACUAAUUCGCUUCAACAACGUAUUGAUCAGUUAACACAAGUUCGCAAAUCUUUAGAAGUACUCUUGACUUCUUCACGCUUAUGUGAAAGUCCAGCUAAAAAACAAAGGUAUUGGAUGGAGCUUUUGUCACCAUAAAAUGUAAAAUUGUUGCAAAUAUGUGUAUAUAAUUUCUCACAAAGAUUCAUAGAAUAUUUUAUGUUUAUCAAGAUAUGAGUUCAUAUAGUUCUAUUUUGAUGUUAGAAUAAUUGUAAUUAAAUAGUUUUGUCCAUGUAAAUUACACUCUGCAGGUCAGCAAAUUAAAUGUUUAUUUACUGAA